CGUUCUUUCAGCGAGACAGUCCAAUUUAUGCAUUACGGCUAUGUAGGCACUACAUGAUAUCAAAACGCUGCGCCCGGGCUUACUUCACUUACCGUCACCAUCACUGCAAUAUUAUCGAAACUUUGCAAGUGCCUACAAGACUAAAUUCACUGCAUUAUAUUUUAUCUAAUACAAUCAAGUGUUGAAUGCAAUUUAUAAUAUACAUUUGAAUAUAGUUUGAUUUAACGUGAAAGUGAAGAAAAGUACAUGCAAGUUUAUAUUUGUGUUAACAUUGGUGAUAUCUGUAACAUGAAUUUUUUAUUGGUUAAAAGCUUGUGACUAUUUUGUGUGUAAUAUUUGGUGCUUCGUUUUAUAAUUUGUUCAAAAUUAAUACUGUGAAGAUUUCAGAUUUUAUACAGAAUUCGCGAAUAUACCUCAGAAGAAAAUGGCUAACUCGUGUCGCUGGGUUCGAGCGUAUCUUUGCGCGUCGUUUUGUGAACCCCGUAGUCUGCAAUCACGUUGACGUCUAUCGCCAUUUCCUCACAGGAGGAUUUUGUUCGAUUACUUUCUAAGCUAUGGCAGAAGGAAAUGGGGAAAUAAAAAUGGAAGAGAAACAGUCUAAGGAGGAAAUGGAAUAUGUAGAAAGAACAGAAGAUUUUUCAAAGUUGAUUCAAUAUGGAUUAGAUGAAAAAGUAGCUGCAAAAUUAGAUGAAAUUUAUAAAACAGGAAAAUUAGCUCAUGUGGAUUUGGAUGAAAGAGCAUUAGAUGCUUUAAAGGAAUUUCCUGUUGAUGGUGCAUUAAAUGUACUCACACAAUUUCUUGAAUCUAAUUUAGAACACGUAUCAAAUAAAUCUGCAUAUCUUUGUGGUGUAAUGAAAACCUAUAGACAGAAAAGUCGAGCUGGACAAGGUACUGGUACCAGUACUACUCCAAAAGCACCAGAUGAAGACAAAAUAAAGAUGAUUCUUGAACGAACUGGUUAUCCUUUGGAUGUAACAACAGGGCAGAGGAAAUAUGGAGGUCCUCCUCCAAAUUGGGAAGGUCCUACACCCGGAACUGGUUGCGAGGUAUUUUGUGGAAAAAUUCCAAAAGAUAUGUAUGAAGAUGAAUUAAUUCCUUUGUUUGAAAAAUGUGGAAAAAUUUGGGAUUUAAGAUUAAUGAUGGAUCCGAUGGCAGGAUGUAACAGAGGAUAUGCUUUUAUCACUUUUACUAAUAGGGAAGCAGCACAACAAGCUGUUAGAGAGCUGAAUGAUUAUGAGAUUCGGAAAGGGAAAAAGAUUGGUGUUACCGUAUCUUAUAACAAUCAUCGCUUGUUUGUGGGAAAUAUUCCAAAGAAUCGAGACCGAGAUGACUUGUUCGAAGAAUUUACAAAGCACGCACCUGGUCUGACUGAGGUGAUUAUCUACAGUUCUCCGGAUGACAAGAAGAAAAAUAGAGGUUUUUGCUUCUUAGAAUACGAAUCUCACAAAGCUGCUUCCUUAGCCAAACGAAGAUUAAGUACCGGUCGCAUCAAAGUAUGGGGCUGUGAUAUCAUAGUUGACUGGGCUGAUCCUCAGGAAGAGCCCGACGAACAAACUAUGUCUAAAGUGCGUGUAUUGUAUGUGAAAAAUUUGACUCAAGAUUGUUCUGAAGAGAAAUUGAAAGAAAGUUUUGAACAAUAUGGUAAUAUUGAAAGAGUGAAGAAGAUCAAGGAUUAUGCUUUUGUCCACUUUGAAGAAAGAGACAAUGCUGUUAAGGCGAUGAAUGAAUUAAACGGAAAAGAGAUUGGUGGUUCUCACAUUGAAGUAUCUCUCGCGAAACCUCCAUCUGAUAAAAAGAAAAAGGAAGAGAUGCUUCGUGCUAGAGAGCGAAGAAUGAUGCAAAUGUUUCAGGGCAGAAGCGGGGGUUCUCCAUCGCAUCCAAGUAUGAUGGGAGGACCAAUGCCAGUUCGAGGACCAGGUCAAGGUCCUCGAGGUACCGGCGCAGGUAUGCGAGGACAGAUGGGAAGAGGCGAUUAUGCUCUCAUGGAAAUAGAUUAUGAUUACGACUAUUACGGUUAUGGGGAUUAUCGAGGUGGCUACAGUGAUCCAUAUUACGAUGACUAUUAUCGAUACGAAGAUUACUAUUUCGAUUACGCGCCGCCUCCGCCACCUGCCAGAGGGAGAGGCAGGCAGCCUCAACCGGCUGGACGUGGCCGUGGAGUAGUGCCGCGUGGCCGAGUCGGUGGCCCCCAAGUCCGUGGGCCAGUCAGGGGGGGACGCAACCCCGCAACUUCAGGGGCUCGUGGGGUCCAGCGGCUGUCCGCUCGUGGGGGGGUCCGCGCCAAGGGAAGUUUACCAGGUGAGGAUGCAGGUAAACGAAAAUUUGACGGGGGUCACCAGAACCAGGGGGAAUCUAAGCGUCGCUUCCAGAGCAACUGGGGAAACCAACCCCUCGCCCAACAACCACUGGGCAAUGCGUACGGAUUGGCGAGUGUGAAUGGUGGCAGUGGUGGUGGUGGCGGCGGUGACAUAGGAUUCGGAGGUAGGACCGCCACUCUUGGCGGUGUUUCCAGCGAUGAUCACGAAUGGUACCAAGACUCCUACCAGUCAUGGAGCUAACUUCUGCAAGUCUGUGAGUGAAUACGCACGCACGCACUCAUUUAAGUACGCACGCAAUCACGCAUGACGAACGAACGAACGAACGAACGAACGAACGAUCGAUCGAUCGAGAGUAACAAAGUAAAUAAAACAAAAUAAUGAACAACCAAUUUCGAGUUGACCUUAUGCACAAGGAGGAAGAAGCGAAGUGGAAAAAAAAAAUAAAUAAAUAAAUAAAAGCGAACUGGAAAGGAAAAAAAAAACAAAAACAAAGGAAGAAGAUAAUUGCAAAAGGAACCCGAAAAAAAAAAAAUUGAAAAGGAAACGGAGAGUGAAAUGGAAAAAAGUUUUUUUUAUAAAAAUACAGAUAAACGGAGAAAUGAUGAAUCGAACGAGGUUACGUAAUUUAUAAUGCUAUUUACUUUCAAUCAUCAUCAAUUUGGCAAUUUGCAAAUAUUUUUAACGCCUAUUCAAUCAUCAAAUGAACGAACAAAUAUGAGAAAGCGCGUGAAGCGUCGUACUAGGCCUCACCACCAUCGCCCGCUGUUGUCGUCGUGACUAUAUAUAUAUAUAUAUGUGUGUAUAUAUAUAUAUACAUACAUAUAUAUAUAUAUACAUACAUAUAUAUAUAUAUAUACACAUACAUAUAUAUAGAAAAAUAUAUAUAUAUAUAUAUAUAUAUACAGUGAUGUGCCACUGGGACUAAUUACUACAUCGGAGUGACCACCCAACAACCCACCCCGUACUAUUAUUAUUAUAAUAUACAUAUAUAUAUAUAUACAUACAUGUAUAUACAUAUGCAUAUGUACAUAUACACAUAUAUCUGUAUGUAUUAUGUAUAUAUGUAUGUAUGAAUAUGUAUACGUAUACGUAUAUGUAUAUAUUAUAUAGUACGUGUGUGUAUAUAUAUAUAUGUAUAUGUAUAUGUAUACACUAAUCUAAGUACUACUACAUUGUCACAUUGUUUACUGCCAAGUGAUACAAAGAUCAGCGAUGUUGACAUUGGGAUUGUGAUGGCUUGUAUUAAUUAAGAAAAAUCACGGAAGCCUGCGAUUUUAUUAUGAUGCGAUUCGACUUUUUGUGUGUAUGUGCUAGAACGCGUGUACGUAAAAUGGAAUAGAGAUCGUGGAAGAAGCAUGCGUAUGUGAAAGAUAAAAAAAACAAUAGAAGUAAUAGCAUAAAAGUGAAGAAAGAUGAAUAUGAUGGUGGAAAUAUGGAGAAGAAAUUUAAGGGAACCCAUUUAAUAGACGGUGAUGAAGAAAUAUGAGAAGAAAUAUGGGAAGAGCAUAAGGAGAGGAGAAGAGAGGAGAAGGUUGGUACGAAAGGAAAGUGAGAUUGAUAGCAGAUUUAUCGAGCG